GGGAUUUACUUUGAGUUGAUGUACAAACUGUAAUUGCUACUUUGGUCCGCAAAAAACUAUUUUUUAUAAUAAGUAUGGAGAAUGUCUCAGAAACAAUUUUCUCAUAAAAUCCUAAGCAAUCCAGAAACGAUGAUGAUCUUCAUUUGAUACUAUUACCUAACAGAAGAAGCUGAAGAAUUAUUCAGAGGUUUCAAAUUUCUUUUCCUAGAGACCCAUUUCAAGAGAUUUACGUCUAACACAGCUAACCAUUAGCUGAACUGGUAAUAAGGUACUUGUCAACCGAAACUCCUUACUUGAACUCAUCUAAUGGCUCAUGUUGAUGCAACAAACACUGUAACUGCUGUGUUAGAACCUUCUUCCCAACCCGAAAAAGUAGGUUCUGCCAAUAGAAGGAUUCGGCGGUGUGUAAGUGCCCCUACUGAUUUCAUUCCUCAAGAAAAGGAUGAUAGCUCAGUUCCUCGUAACCAAUCGGUUUUCUCUAAUCUACUACACCCUAGUUUUAGACAGGCAUCAUUGAUUCUUGCUCUGUAUCUUGGCGUAGGAGCCAUUUGCUUCUCCCUAGUCAAAGAUCAGAUCAAAGGUCAGAAAACAAAUAGGAUCCUUGACGCCAUAUAUUUUUGCAUUGUAACAAUGACCACAGUUGGAUACGGAGAUCUUGUUCCAAAUAGCGUUGCCACAAAAUUACUGGCCUGCGCCUUUGUCUUCACCGGAAUGGCUCUUGUCGGGUUUUUUCUUAGCAAGUCAGCAGACUACCUUGUAGAGAAGCAGGAAGCAUUGCUGGUUAAAUGCUUACACAUCAAUAAAAAAGUAGGUGCACUUGAGCUUUUGAAGGAACUAAAAACUAACAGAGUAAAAUACAAGUUCUUUAUAAAUUUAGGAUUACUUUUGUUGCUUAUUGCUGUCGGUAUGAUUUUCUUGACAAGAGUUGAGAAAUUAAGCUUGGUUGAUGCCUUCUAUUGUGUCUGUUCCACCAUAACAACUCUAGGUUAUGGUGACAAGAGCUUCUCAACCAAAGCAGGGCGCAUUUUUGCUGUCUUCUGGAUAUUGACUAGUACCAUCUGUCUGGGUUUGUUUUUCCUCCACCUUGCCGAACUGAGUACUGAGCGUAAGCAACGGUCAAUAGUUAAAUUGGUCCUUACACGAAAAAUGACUCACGUCGAUCUCGAGGCAGCAGACUUUGAUCGUGAUAGGGUCGUGAGUGUUACGGAAUUUAUUCUAUAUAAGCUCAAGGAGAUGGGGAAAAUACAGCAGGAAGAUAUUGUACCUUUGAUGAAGGAAUUUGAGGAACUUGAUGUUGAUCAAUCUGGAAUGAUUUCAACAUCUGAUAUAACACGUAAAUAUAUAGAGAGCAACUGACAAAUGCCAUCUGAUUUUGGUUUCGUACGUGGAUAGUUUCUGAACUGAGUUUGUGUAUGCACUAGUGACAUUGAUGAUGGAUCCUUCUUUACUCUGGUGAGGUUGCUAUUCUGCACUGGUGCCUGCCCUUUGCCCUUUCGAAGGUGUUUUGCAAAUUUUUUGGGUUAACACUACCUCAUUAAAUGAAAUGAAAAUAAUAAACCUUCCUUCAAA